AUGUCAGGCUCCUCACCCUUUAAGAUGCGUGUAGUUCAUCUGGACCUAAAAGGAGCACCACCAAGAGUCUCAUACCUCUCGGAGAUUUUUCCUCUGUUCCAUGCUCUGGGUGCAAACGCCCUUCUUAUUGAGUAUGAAGACAUGUUUCCCUACGAGGGCCACCUAAAGCUGCUGAGGGCCAAGCACGCGUACAGCCCCUCAGAGAUCCGAGAAAUCCUGCACCUGGCCAGACAGCAUGCGCUCGAGGUCAUUCCCUUGCUGCAGACGUUUGGGCACAUGGAGUUUGUGUUGAAGCACGAGGCAUUCGCUCACCUGCGGGAAGUGGCACUCUUUCCCAACACCCUGAACCCCCAUGAGGAGGAGUCGCUGGCACUGAUCGGAGCCAUGGUCGACCAGGUCAUGGAGCUGCACUGCGGAGCCAGAUGGCUCCACAUUGGUUGUGAUGAGGUCUAUUACCUUGGAGAGGGGGAGACCUCGAGGCAGUGGUUACAACAGCCGCAAAACAGCAAAGCCAAACUGUGCCUGUCCCACCUGAAGGCUGUGGCCAGCCAUGUGCUCACCCGGCACCCCAGCACCACACCCCUGGUGUGGGACGACAUGCUUCGAGACGUGCCCGAAGACCUUCUCCAAGAGUCGGGUGUGCCACAGCUGGUAGUACCAGUGCUAUGGGACUAUGGGGCUGACCUGGAUGUCCACGGCAAAGUCCUCCUCAUGGAAAAGUUCCAGAAGUGUGGCUUUCCCCAGCUGUGGGCUGCCAGUGCAUUCAAGGGGGCUACGGGGGCACCCCAGACACUGACCCCCAUCCAGCACCAUCUGCGGAAUCACCUUCAGUGGCUUCGGGCAGCACAGGCUGUGCCAGCCGGGACACUGCAGGGCAUCGUGCUGACCGGCUGGCAGAGGUAUGACCACUUCUCGGUGCUGUGUGAGUUGCUGCCUGUGGGGAUUCCAUCGCUGGCCAUCUGUCUGCAGACACUGUUGCAAGGAGGCUUUGGCGAAGAGGUGAAGGACAAGGUGGAGAGUUGCCUUGGGGUCGCCAGCCUGGACCUAACCGACUUUACAAGGGAGGGCGCUGGCUCCUUCCCCGGCAGUGACAUCCUGGACCUCGUCACCCAAGUCAGCGUCCACCUGCGGAGCUCUGUGGAGGCCCUGCUGGACAGCAACAGGUGUGUGACCGGCUGGUUCAGCCCCUACCACCGCAGGCGGAAGGUCAUCCACCCUGUCAUGGUCCAACACAUCCAGCCCGAGGUGCUCAGCCUCCUGGGCCACUGGGGGCUCUUCGUGCAGGAGCUGGAGGCUGCCCUGAAUCGAAUCUUCUACCCGGAUGCCGUGGAAGAAUGGCUGGAGGAGAAUGUGCAUCCCAGCCUGCAGAAACUGCAGAGUCUGGCCGGUGACCUCCGCGAGGCUGCUGGCCAACCACCAGAUGACCAGGCAGGGUCUCCAAGAACACACGGAGACCUCACAAUCAGGCAGGAACCCCAAGAGCGGGUGGGAACCCCUCAUAACCAUGACCUGACCUAG